CAAUGCCACAGUGCUAUCUCUAGCUAUUCUUAGGCUGUCACUUCAGCUCGUCUGAGCAGAGGCUACUCGGCGCCGACCCCAUCCCAUCCCAUCCCUUCAGCUGCUGUGGGGUUUAAAAAAAAUUUUUUUGGUUUAAUCACCGCCGUCCGUCUCGGAGGAUCUUUUAGUUACCUGGAAGAAUGAGUACCUACACUGUAUCGCUGCCCGGCCCCGGCCCCUGGGGCUUCAGACUGCAGGGGGGCAAGGACUUCAACAUGCCACUCACCAUCUCCAGGAUCUCUCCGGGCAGCAAGGCAGCACAGGGUAAUCUGAUCCAGGGUGAUGUUAUCGUCGCCAUUGAUGGUGUCAGCACUGACGGGAUGACUCACCUGGAGGCCCAGAACAAGAUCAAGAUGGCCAACUACAACCUGGCGCUCACCAUGUCCAAGUCAAAGCGUCCCAUUCCAAUGCCACCACCAAGAAUGGAUGCCACUAUUUCCAUGAUCCCUCACCAACAGGUUUUCUCUCCUGCUGCUCCCAACGCCGGCUUCAACCCCAACGUGCUGAAGGACACUGCCCUCUCCACCCACAAGCCCAUAGAAGUGAAGGGCCCCGGUGGUAAGGCCACCAUCAUCCACGCCCAGUACAACACACCCAUCAGCAUGUACUCGCAGGACGCCAUCAUGGACGCCAUCGCGGGACAGACGCAGGCUAAGGGGCACGACGCCAGCCUGAAGCGACAGUCUGCCGCUGGUUACAGCUUCCAGCACAAAGCUGCAGUCUCCAGCCAGUACGCUCAGCCUCCUGCCAUGCAUCAGGCUCCACAGGCCCCACCCCCACAGCAGUACCAGCCAAUGCCACAGCAGUACCAUCAGCCCCCCAUGCAACACGCCCCACCAACUCAGCAGAGCUCCAUUCAGAUCCCUCUUGGCUCCGCCCCUCCCAAAGUGGUCAGCACCGCCUGCAUAUACCCCUCCCAGCCUGCUCCAGCACCAGCUCCAGUUCCUCAGCCCCGCCCUCCAGCCGCCGCCCCAGCCCCACCUCCACCUGCUGGUGCCUCCUCCAACAGACCCCCCUGGGUGACCGACACCAACUUCGCCGAUAAGUUCGACCCGAGUAAGACCACCACCACCACCAUGAAGGUGCAGCCGCUGCCCCAGGCUGCCCCUCCUCCACCAGCUUACAUCCCCAACCCCUCCCCUGCUGCACCUCCUGUUCCCAGCCCCGCCCCCAUUACCCCCAGCCCUGCCCCUUUCUCUCCAGUGGCGAGGGGUGUGGCUCAGAGGGCGGAGAGGUUCGCCGCCAGCAGCCGUACACCCUUGUGUGGGGCCUGCAACAGUGUCAUCAGGGGCCCCUUCCUGGUGGCCCUCGGCCGGUCCUGGCACCCCGAGGAGUUCAACUGUCACUACUGCCACAUGUCUCUGGCUGAUGUUAGCUUUGUGGAGGAACAGAACAACGUUUACUGUGAGAACUGCUACGAGGAGUUCUUCGCCCCGACCUGUGCCCGCUGCAACACCAAGAUCAUGGGGGAAGUGAUGCACGCUCUGCGGCAGACGUGGCACACCACCUGCUUCGUGUGCGCAGCCUGUGGCAAAGCUUUCGGAAACAGCCUCUUCCACAUGGAGGAUGGAGAGCCAUACUGUGAGAAAGAUUAUAUUGCACUCUUCAGUACAAAGUGUCAUGGCUGUGACUUCCCAGUUGAAGCUGGUGAUAAGUUCAUCGAGGCUCUAGGUCACACCUGGCAUGACACCUGCUUUGUCUGUGCGGUUUGCCAUGUGAACCUGGAGGGCCAGCCUUUCUACUCAAAGAAAGACAAGCCUCUGUGUAAGAAGCAUGCUCACGCCAUCAAUGUGUAACCCGCCAACUACCUGUGGGUCUGCUGCCUCAGCGCUCACCACCACCGACUGCAACGAUGAAAACAAGCCAACAACUUUUACAGAUGUGUGUAAACACUCUUUAUGCAAAUACACUUUGGUUUGAGACAUUUUUUGUGCAUUAAUAUUAAUGUUUAAAACAAUGCUGCCUGAUUAUUCUGCUUCAAAAACAGGAACUUAUGCAAAAACAAAGUAAUGAUG